CGACAUCUCCGAGUAGUUACAACGUAAUGGGCCGUCGCCGAACGCGCGCAAGGGCCGAGCCAGUAAUGGCGGGCCUCCAUCUCCACGCGCGGCAAAUCGGCGAGCUGAUGCGGAGGCGGCCGAGGAGGCGCUCGACGGCUCGGCGCUGUCCAGUAAUCAGUAGGCGCCGCUGCGUCGGCGACUUCUUCUCCCCACCAGCGUGGCCGCGUGCAGGGUUCAGGUGAGGCGCCGUUGCUGUGGUUGGUGGCUUGGGAGCAUCGGAGGGCGGUUCGUGCGGUGCCCUUGUUCAGGGGAUCGAAGAUUCGAGAGUGACGUUGAUUCGAAUCCCUGCUCGUGGCAUGUCAGUUUAUUCGGAUUCAACAGUGUAUGUGAUUGAUCCAUCGGGCAUUUAAAAUUAGGUUGUAUAUUUGGUACUGCUUUGGAGUUCGCAGUAGGGUUGUUCAGGUCAGUCAUUGAAUAGGCCGAUGAAGCGGCUUUGCACAAGUGUUAAGUUCCAUUUUAUGACCGAAAGGGAACCGAUGGUGGAGCCAGGCCGAUCCCUUUAUCGAAACCAGUAGUCGUAUAGCGGCAGCUUCAUUCAAGUGCUUACUAGGCUGUCACGGAACUCAAGGGUAUUAGUGAUAUACAAAAGUUUGCUUUAUGGCAAGUCAGUGAUGAGUGAAGGGUGACUAAGAGGCUUCUCUAAGUGUCAAUAUACAAGACUUCAUUGACGAGGAGAUGGUCCCAGUUACAUUACAUGGUUCUGUUGGACACAAUGAAGCCAUCCAGAUAUGCUAUUAAAAUCCUGCUAGUUAUUAUGGAUUUAAGUUGUACCAUGUCUGUUCCAUCUACAGCUAGGCAGAGCAUGAACUAUCAAAGGAUCAUGAUACAGACAUCUCACAUCUUAGAAAAUUCUGUUCAGUGGUUCUUCAAGGGUAAAGUUUUUACUGUCUUAUGCACUGAAUUGUCAGUCGUAGUGAUUUUCAGAGCAACAGGGUGUCCUUUUUUAAAGGUUCAGCUUUGGCGUUCCAGUAGGUACAUCAGGCGCAUACCAAAACCAGUCUCAGCCUUCUUUCCUGAUCCAUGAUGCCUCUCAGCCUAUAACAUUGAUGACAGUGACUAGUGAUACUAGUGAUCAUGCUGGCGAAUGCUAGACGUCAUUACCAUACAGCAGGCCAGCAGCCAGUAAGGAGCUCCACUUUGGCAGCCUGCCACUCUGCUUCUUCCACUCCUGAAACCGAGCCUGCAGGUGCAGGCAAUGCGGUUGCUUGCUGGAGUCCUUAUCCAAUCAGUGAAGGCACUAAACUCGCAAAGCCGUUGGAAUCUGCGAGCAAGGUCAUGCACAUCUUGUUGGAUGAAGUUAAUACAGCCUGCACUGCAACUCCCGCACUCUCGCGAUCGUGUGGAAGACGUGGGCGCCGUUGAGGGUCAAAAUCUUCUUGUGGCUUGCCUGGCGGAGACGGCUCUGGACCGCAGACAGGCGACGACGUCACGGACUCGAUGCGAGAACCACUUGCUACCUCUGCAAUACAGCGGAAGAAACUUGCGACCAUCUACUGGCCACUUGCAGCUUCUCCCUUCGAGUUUGGGAUGGCAUUUUGUCGCAAUUGGGGCUUCACAGACCGUCGCUAACUGACUGCAGUUCAGUCCUUGGUUGGUGGCAAAGAGUGCGGGAGCUGUGGCCACCGGGCGCCAGGAAGGGCGGUGAUUCUCUCUUUGCGUUGGUGACUUGGGAAGUUUGGAAAGAGAGAAAUGCAAGGUGCUUCCGGAGUGAGGCAUCCUCAGUUGACGCCGUAGUUUCUUCCGCUCUUGGUGUUGCUAGCGAGUGGGUGAGAGCGGGCGCGAAAGCCCUUGGUUGUAUUCUGAGCGAGUAGUCGGCUCUGUGUUGAGCUGGUUGGCCAGCUCUUGUUUUUGUAUUUGUGUUCGUACUCUUCUUCUAUUAACAAAGAUGCGCAGCUCUCCUGCGUAUUCGACAAAAAAAAAAACUCUGCAAGAUAUGGAAUCUGUGAGUGGAUCUCUAAGAUGAUGACUGUGCACCUGACAACGUGCCACUUGGGACUUGCUUGUUUGGGCCCGGUUUAUCACACCUAGAGCUUCUGCUCUGCUCCUGCGUGCCCUUCUCGGUUGCCAUCGUGGCGUGUUGAUUGCUAGGCUGCUCUUUUGAGCUGGCCUGAACUGUCCGCCGUCCCCGUCCCCUCCAAUCACAAUUCACAACUGCCUCGCACUCUGCCCGCUGACAAGGUCGGGACGUGCGGUAGAUUGGUGGUGGCUUCGUGGCGCUAUCAAUGCUGGUGGAUUUGAGCAGGGGCGGUGGGUGCGCGGAUAGACGCCUGAGAAAUCCGGGUGCCCGGGGCAGUGCUGCUCCGGAAAUCUGACCUGCCGGCGGAGAAGAAUUACACUAACGGCCAUGCUGAUGGCCCGGUGAAGCGCAAGGUAGCCGCGAUGCCAGCAGCGGCACCUACUACUCCAAGGAGGCACCCGUCACCGAAUGCCGGCGGUCGGGCGUCGUCCCCGACGCCAGCUGGGUCACAGGCGAAGAGGUCCCAGUCCACCGAACGGCGGCCGGUGACUCCGUCAAGGCCGUCUUCCGGCGGCUCGCGGCCGAGUACUCCGUCCAGGAUCUCUGCCCCGGCAUCGCCAUCGUCUGCGACUUCCAGCCCGUCCUCAUUCUCUAGCUCGUCGACGCCAGUGGGUGAUGCCGUUCCAGAAACGCAAAUCGCUCUGAGGAGGUUGCCUGGUGGCCGGGCUCCUGAUGGGCUGUGGCCUUCAAUGCGGAGUCUGUCUUCUUCUUUCCAGCUCGAAUCAAAGGGGAAAAAGAUUUCUAGUAGCUCCUCUGCAGAUCAGGCCAAGACGAGGGAUGCAGCACCCGCUGAUAGGAAGAGGAGCCCAUUGAGAGGUAGAGCUACCCCUGAGCAAUCGGAGAAUCCACAUGCCAAGGUGAUUGAUCAUCAUCGCUGGCCUGCUAUGAUGGGGGGCAGGGUGUCUGCAAGCACAAUGUCCAAGAGCAUGGAUCUCACUGAUAAGAUCAGUAGGUCUGCUCUUCCAUCAGUUCCGUCACGUGGUGUUUCACCGAAGCGAACAACAGUGUCCUCUGCUGCAAAUACCUUGUCAAGAAGUAUUGAUCUUGCUGAUAAAAUUGAUCGGCUGGUCUCUUCGUCAAUGUCAUCACAAGGGGAAUCACCAAGAAAGUCACCUUGUAAUGGUGCAGAUGAUGUGUCCAAAAAGGUUGGUGUUCGUAAAGAUCUCAAACUCUCAUCCUUGGCAAUAUCAAGAAGGGUGUCACCAGUAACAACAGAUGAUAAAAUUGAUCGGCUGGUCUCUUCGUCAAUGUCAUCACAAGGGGGAUCACCAAGAAAGUCACCUUGUAACGGUGCAGAUGAUGUGUCCAAAAAGGUCGGUGUUCGUAAAGAUCUCAAACUCUCAUCCUUGGCAAUAUCAAGAAGGGUGUCACCAAUAACAACAGCUGCAUCAGAUGGCACUAGAACCUUAUCAGGAAGCAUGGAUCUUACUGAAAAAGAUAACAGUACACUCUCGCCAGUUUCAUCACCCAGCAUUUCACCAAGUGCAUCAUUAUCAAGUGUGUCUAAUGCCGCAUCACAGACUACUACAAAGUCAUCCGAGAGAUUAAUUGGACCUGUUUCCAACCUGUCCUCAUCGAGAGGACUUUCACCUAGAAGAACAACUUCUGGUGGCAUUGUUGAUUUAAUGAAAAGCAUUGAUUUCCCUGAAAAAGAUAGGAGACCAGCUUCAUCAAGAGGGUUUUCGCCAAGGAGGAGACUCGUGUCUGAUGGUGUUAAUGAUAUUGGGAAAAAUAUGGAUUUUGCUGAAAAGGAUAGCAGAGUAGUCAGCUCAUCAAUUCCAUCUCGAGGGGUUUCUCCAAGGAGAAGACUUGCCUCUGAUGGUGUUGAUACUAUGUGCAGGAGCUCGGAGUUUUCUGGAAAGGAUAACAGGCCAUCCACCUCAUCUUCCACAUCACGUGGAAUGUCUCCCCGAAGAAGGCUUGCUUCUGAUGGCAUAAGUGCUGUAACCAAAGGCAUGGACUUUGGUGAUAAUGCUAACAGACCAUCAACCUCUAAAGGAGUGUCACGAGGGAUUUCACCAAGACUUCAAUUAGCCUCUGAUGGUGUUGGCAAUGUAUCAAAAGGCACAGAUCUUGCUGAUGGACUGGACAGGCCAUCAACCUCAUAUGCAACACCGCGAGGUAUGUCACCACGACGCAGGGUUGCAUCUGAUGCCAGCAAUGCCACUUCAGAAAGGAUCAAGUUCACCAAAGAGGAUUCUGGAACUGUGUCCUCUUCAGUUGCACCUAGAGGGGUCUCAACAUUAAGACAACUUGCUUCUGAUGGUGUUGAAUCUGUCUCAAAAAGUAUGGAUCUUGUUGAGAAAGAUACUAGACCUACUACCUCAUCAGCUUCAUCACGAGGGCUUUCACCAAGAAGGCGACUUUCCUCAGAUGGUGUCAAUGUGAUUUCAAAGAGCAUGGAUCUUGUUGAAAACAAUAACAAACUUGUCACCAUGUCAGCUGCAGCUCGAGGGGUUUCACCAAGAAGACGGCUCGCCUCAGAUGGUGUCAAAGUGACAUCAAAGAGCAUUGAUCUUGUUGAAAACAGUAACAAACCCUUAACAGUGUCAGCUGCAACACGAGGGGCUUCACCAAGAAGACGGCUCACCUCUGAUGGUCUAGCAUUUAUAUCAAAGAGCACAAAUAUUACUGAAAAAAGUAUCAGACCUUCAACACCGUCAAUGUCAUCACGAGGGAUGUCACCAAGAAGACGGCUGGCCUCUGAUGGUAUCAAUGCUGUAUUGGACACAGAAUUUGCUGACAAAAAUUGUAGACCAUCUUCCUCAUCAGCUGCUUUACGAGGGGUUUCUCCCAGAAGCAGGUCUGCCUCUAAUGCCAUAUCAACAGGCAUGACUAAUGCUGAAAAUGACAGCAGACCAUCCACAACAUCAAGUCCGUCAUGUCAGACUCUGCAGAGCAGCAGGCUUGAAUCUAAUGGUGUUAACAUCCUAUCAAAAGAUAUGGAAAUCUCAUCAACUGUAUCUGGUUGCACUUCAGACAGUAGACUUGAUGGCGCUGGUGCUCUAGUAAAAAGCAUAGAUGUCACUGAGAAACUUACUGUGUCAACUGAAGAUGGUGGUGGUGAAGACGAUCCUGGAAGAAUAGAUUCUAGUGACGUAGUUACUAGUGCAGUUUCAUCAUCCCUUGCAUCUCAAGAGGUAUCAUCAAGACAUGUUACUGAUGACGUUAAGAAUGCGUCAGAGAGUGUUGGUGCAACGCAAAAAGGUAACAGACCAUUAUCAGUGAAGGUUCCAUCUCGAGUAGCUUCUCCAAGAAGACGACUUGCAUCCGAUGGCAUUGAUACUAUAUCUAAAAGCAUGGAUUUUGCUGAGAAAGAUAAGAAACCCAUGACAGUGUCAGUUCCAUCACGUGGAAUGUCACCAAGAAGAACAGCAAGAUCUGACAGUGCUGAUAUAAUGUCAAAAAGUAUGGAUUUUCCUUUACAAGUGUUUUCUACAAGAAGAGUACUAGGACCUGAUGGUGCUAAUGCCAUGUCAAGAAGCAUGGAUCUAACUGAUAAAAUUAGACAGAAAAUAUCUUCAACUAUGCAAUCAUCCAGAGUCUCACCAAGGAAAAUGCCUCUUGCUUAUAACAGAAUAAAAGGCCCUGAAAUUUUAUCAGGUGAUGCUGAGAGCCCUGGUUCUGCUGAUGGAAAUGAAAGUCAAGAGGAGAAUGCCAGUUCAAGUCCAGAUGCACCUUCAAAUAGUUCAGAAAAAUCUACACCUCCAAAGCAGCUAGCUAGGAGAUCACCUUCGCCAUCACAUAUUUUAAUAUGCCCUUCAUCAUCAUCCAAUGCUUCAUCGACACCAUCAUUUGUCUCCAGGAGAUUACCAAGCCCAUCAAGGACUAGACCUUCAACACCUGUCUCACCAUGUAGUUCUGCCAGAUCUGAUUCAGCCUCUUCAAUUCUUAGCUACAUUGGUGAUGCUACAAGAGGGAAGAAGAGCCCAACUCACACGGAAGAUGCCCAUCAGUUGCGCCUCCUGCAUAAUAGGAACUUACAAUGGUGUUUUACCACUUCUUAUGUUGAUGAACUGCUGUCAAUUCAGAAGAUAAGUGCUGAGACUAUGUUGUAUAGUGUAUGGGAUGCUAACUCAAGGAUGUGUGACUCUAUGGUUAUAAAAAGGAACUAUGUACAACAGCUAAGGCAAGAGGUCAAAUUGGGAAUUGUCUUGAAGGAGCAAAUGGAUUACCUUGAUCACUGGGCAGCGCUGCAAACAGAGCAUUCUUCUUCUUUAUCCAGCGCAACUGAAGCUCUUAAAGCAAGCACAUUGCGUCUUCCAGUUUCAGGAGGAGCUAAGGCCGAUGUACUUACUGUUAAGAAUGCUGUCAGUUCAGCAGUUGACAUUAUGCAAGCAAUGGGGUCAUCCGUUUGCCAUUUGCUAUCAAAGUUACAGGCUUCACACUCUCUGGUUACAGAACUUUCAGCUGUUGCUGCUAAAGAAAGUACCUUACUCAACGAGUACAGAGAACUCUUGGCAACAGCAGCAGCACUACAGGUCCAAGAGUCGAGCCUAAGGACACAGCUCAUACAAGAAACAGAGUGAACAGGUUAAGGUCCUGUAUUUCUAACUAGGAAGAUAGAAGUAAACACCAUUCGUUAGUUUCAGUGACUGCUGCAUAUGUGUACCUUUGAUGUCGUUUUGUUUUUCCUUUGCUCUUCCUUUUCCCCCCCACUUAUUAGCUAGCUCAUAUUUCUUUACAUUUCUACUCCCCCCCCCCCCCCCUGUUCUUUUCUGUUCGAACAACUUACAUGGAAGAUAAGGGAAGCAACAUGGAAAUGGAAUCAUGGAUUUACUCCAUGACAAAGCUGCCAAUGUGGUCUUUUAUUGCAUCCUAGACCAAUGAGCCAAAAACUGAAAGCUUUGUUGUAAGCUGUAAAUCUGAGCAGUUAUGUGUCCUUCAGUGUAAUGCCUUUGGAUGUAUCUUUCUUAGAUCGCCAUCACUUUAGAAUUAGAGGCUCCAGCUAACAGAAUACUUACUAUUAGUGCUGGUCCAAGAUCCAAGCAAGGGGAGACCAGAAACCUCUAACCGACACUACAACAUGACAGGUACCCGAUACCGACUUCGUCGCUAACACUUGUAAGUACUAUAUGUCCUGCCAGGAGAAUACCAUGUUCUGUUCUUCUCCACUUAACUCUGAUGGAAACAUGUUUCCUUUUCAUGCCGUGUUGUUGGCAUACAUCAA